CUAAUGUUAAAGAAAAUGAAAUAGUAGAACAAAUCACUGUCAAAGCUCUUAUUCCAAAAGAAAUUAUCUCAACUAGAGGAACUGACAUUGGACAAACCCCAUAUGUAAAUCAUCAAAUACCUCUUAAACUUGGAGUUAGACCUAUUGCUCAUCCACCAUAUAGGUUAAACCAAGAAAGAAAGGAUUUCUUAGAAAAAGAAAUUGAUAAGAUGUUAGAAACAGGGAUUAUUCAAACCUCUGAAAGCCCCUGGGCCUCUCCAGUAGUAAUCGUACCAAAGAAAACAGGAGAUCUAAGAAUUUGU